UGUAUACGAAAUAUCUGGGCAGAUGAGAUACAAAGAAUCGGUAUUCCUAUAUUUAUCCCAAACGCUUUCUUUGAUAUGAAUUCAGCAACAAAAUUAAGGUUAUAUUUUCCUAUCAUAGUAGUUUCACAGGCUAAUUCACGAAGAAAGAUUGGAGAUAAUGAGUUUCCAGCUUUCCCAUAA